UAGAAGCUUUGAUGCGUGAAAGAAAAAAAUAGGAUUGCCGCUUGCGCGCAACUAUUAGUCACACAAAUUAAAUCGAUAAAAGGAACCGCGGAUAUGCCAUUUCCACCCUCGAUGGUAGCGCCAGUAUCUAUCGUUGACGUCGACAUCAAGCCCUUCGGGUGUUCUCGUGUCUGGCGUCGAUUGGCGGUUCGAUAAGGGUGGAGACUGCGCCAUGUCCAGCGGUGAUAUCUUCGCCAUUCUCGCGUGUACGCAAACAGUACAAAAUAAUCACACGCUGGCAGUCUAUCGAGCGUGAGCGAUACAGAAUCGACGUCAAAAUGGAAAUAGAUAACUUAAAAGAAAGCUGAAGGAGGAAUUGAUACAGCGGAGAGAAAUUUUCCGAGACCGGGAACAGUUAGUGCAACAUAAAAAUCUGAGUAGCGAAAGAGAGGGACACGGUAUUUUAAUCAUGUCUACGAAAUCGAAGGAGAAGGUCAUAGCCGCUAUCCGAAAGCUCUUCCGACCUUCCGAUAAGAUCGCGGAACAGGAGGGAGCCAGCGGCUCGACCAAUUCGCCGUCAAGGAGACUCUUAAGUCGUCAUCAUCGUCCAGAUGUCGUCACUCCGUUGGAUGAUCCGAUGCCGGAAAAUCUAGAUCCCACUCAUGUCGAUCGUAAUUGUUUCUUCAAAACGAAAAAGUCCGCAAAGGACAAUAACGAAUACAAGGCCAUCAACGACAAGGAUGUAGGUUUGCGUCGACUGAUGAAGGAAUUCAACAGAAUUCAGAGGGCACAGCGCCACGGCGAUUCGGCCUUCACCGCUGAGCUUGUCAACGACAAUGUCUUCGAGUGGUCUGUUCGGUUGCACAAGAUCGAUCCGGACAGUAGAUUAGCGGCCGACAUGCGUGAGCUGAAGAUACCUCAUAUACUGUUGAAUGUGAUCUUCCCGAAGGAGUUUCCGUUCGCGCCACCUUUCAUGAGGGUAAUCUCGCCAAGGAUCGAGCAGGGCUUUGUCAUGCAUGGCGGCGCUAUCUGCAUGGAACUUCUCACGCCGAGAGGAUGGUGUUGUGCAUAUAGUGUCGAGUCGAUGAUUAUGCAAUUCGCGGCUAGUGUUGUGAAAGGGCAGGCACAAGUGUCGAGAAAGUCGAAACCGAAUAAGGAAUAUAAUCGACAAUUGGCCGAGGAGACAUUCAAGAACCUGGUGAAAACGCACGAAAAAUACGGCUGGGUGACGCCGCCGCUCGCUGAAGGCUGAUUUUAGAAUAUAUUAUCGUUCAGAGCCAAAAGAGGUCCGCGUCUCUUGCUUAAAAAGAGGCGCACGAACCAACAUGAUUCUUUAUUCGAUUUUUUCGGAAAUGCCAACAGUGAUUUCUUUCCGUCAGGAAAUCCAAGUGUAAUUUUGUUAUCGCGAAUAUACACAUGUAGCUAGAAAGGAAUUCGUCGAAUUCGUCGAGUGAACAGAACGCGCGCGUAAGUUUUUUUGCACAUUUUCACACAUUUUUCAACUUUUGUAAUAAAUACGUAGGGACUAAAAAAGACAAAAGAUUCCUUGAGAUUGUUAAAAAAAAAAUUUUAAUUUUUUGCUUUUUUUUAUAACGUGAAAAUAAGUACGAAUCGCAGAAAUAACUAUAUUUACAUGGCAUUGAAAAGAGAUGCUGGAAAAAAGUUUGUGAAAAUUUUAAAACUUUUUUAAGUCCCUAUAGUUAUACAACUACGCCAAAUUAGUUAUUAAGACGAAUAUAAAACCGUUACAAUGUUAUCUGUGCUUGUCAAAUCGGCACAAGUUUGCAAGACUUAUCCUUCAAAUACUGGAAGCUCAUAAAUAAGGUAUUUUGUUUCAUUCAUUUUUUAAACAUAAAUAAAGAAGAAAUGAGAAAAAGAUUGCUCAAUAAUGUAUGGUAUAUUGAAUUGUUAAAUGUUCCCAAUUAUAUAUAUAUGUAACAAUCGAGGAGUCGAUAAAAUGUAAAUACAAACAACGAAAAUAGUAGACAUAGUGUUGCUUCGCUUUAAUAAAGUUUAGUUCCAGUUUGUAUGAAUAAUUUAAAGAGAAUAAUACUUGUGUAAAAAUUCUUCCGUGGAAACAGAAGUCUUGAUUAUGAGCUUCUACAAUAUAAGUUUGUUUCUUUUUUUAAUACUAUUUGUCAUGUACAAAUGAUUUUCAAUAUUUUUUCCAUCCAUUUGAUCGCAAAAGUCUUUAAAAUAUAUAGUCAUUAUGUUGGACAUAUACUUGUAUGUGCCAAAAAAAUAUAUAAUUAAUUUAAAGUAUCAAUCUCUUCGCAAAUUUUUAAAUUGACAUUUUAUCGCGAAGGUUCGCGCGACCAUCUAAAUGCAUAUAGCAAGAACGAACUUAUAUAUGAUGUUACGAAGUUCUAGCUAACAAGAGACUCUCAAUUGUCCAAACAGUCAACUUUAAUGUGAUGCUGAGAAAUAAUAAUAUUUGUAUAAGAUUUUGAAAAGUAAAAAUGCAAGGAAGAGUGAGACAAAAAUUAAAUACAAAUAAAAUAUUUACAAAUAUGUGUGAGAGACCGUUAUUAAUCUUUUUGGUGUAUAUGUUAAAUAUACUUUGGGCCUAUGUACGCUUUAUCGUACAGAAGUUGGACGAUUCAGGCGUAUAUAUCGUAUUUCUUUUCUAUCAGUCAAAUCAUCAUGCACAUAUCAUAUUUAAAAAUUUAGGAAAUAAUAAACAAAAAAAUAUAAAUCUUGCAAUACGAAUCUCUUUUAUUUCUGCGUUUAUUUUUAAUAACUAUAAUUGCAAGUUAUUAUACUUUAAGCGAUUUUUACAACACCGUUUUAUCAAAUCUGUUGGAAUAAAGUUGCUAUUCAAAAAUUGUUAUUAUAUUUCUAUAAAAUCUCCCUUAAGAGAUGAAAUGCUUUUAUAUUUAUUAUAAUGAUCAAAAUAAUUUAAUUCUUAACAAUAUUCUAUACAAUAUUCUAUUGUCUUGUUUUACAGAAAAUGUAAUCUGUUUGCUUGCAUACAAGGCACACAAUUAGUCAUUCUUGAAUGUACUUUAUUUUAUGAUGAAAACGACUUCUUGAUACUUGAGCAGUUAUUCAUUUAGAAUAUAUAUGUGUAAAUGAUAUUUAACAUAUUAUUCACUAUAGUCACAAUAUUAAGAGCGCAGAUAUUAUUCACGUUUAGAAUGCGAUAAAAUUCUUGAUGAUAUAUAAAUGUUUCGUUUUUUUUUCAAACAUUAUUUUAUUAUCCCUAAUAUUGUUUUUAG